CUGCUAGUGACGUCACAUCCCCGCCACUGAGUCGAAGGCGGCCGCCGCUUCGCGUGCCGCGGGACUUGAGAGGCCUUCCCCCCCCCCCCCCCGGGCUCGUUGGCGACGUCUUAGAGAGACAGAGACAGUGGUGGUGGUUGUGUUGUGCGACCACUUAGAGACCGUGGUUGUUGUGUUGUGCGGCCACUUGUGCGCUAGCGAGCCUCUCGCCAAAGCGGUCGUCAUGGGCGGGAUGCUCCUGGCGUUGGUGGUGGCGGCGGCGGUGGUGGCGACGGCGAUUGAGCCCGCCGUGGCGCUCAAGGAGGGCGAGUGCGACGUGUGCAUUACGUUCCUCGAGAAGUUCUACAACUCCUUAAAGGAAAAGAAUGCAGACUUCACUGCAGAAAAUGUGGAAAAGGAGCUGAUAAAGACCUGCAGCGAUGCCAAGGGCAAGGAAAACCGCCUUUGCUACUACCUGGGAGCCACGAGCGACGCGGCCACCAAGAUCACCAACGAGGUGUCGAAGCCGCUGAGUUUCCACGUGCCGGCCACGAAGAUCUGCGAGAAGCUGAAGAAGCAGGAUGGCCAAAUCUGCGAGCUCAAAUACGAGAAGCAGAUUGACCUCAGCACCGUUGAUCUCAAGAAGCUGAAGGUGAAAGAUCUGAAGAGAAUCCUUGACGACUGGGGAGAAGGGUGCAAGGGCUGCGCGGAGAAGUCCGAUUUCAUCCGCAAAAUCAACGAGCUCAUGCCCAAAUACGCGCCCAACGUCGCCAGGAACGACCUCUAGCAGCCCUCUACUCGAGACCCGGACUCGAACCUGGCCUCCUUGUGGGGGAGGGCUGGGGGGAGGGGUGCUUCUUGUGACGCAAAUAGAACCCUCCCCACCACACUUCACUCUGUGUCAUCGUGGCCGGCGCUCAACAUUGACUUGCACAUGUUAUUGCGGUGUUGACUCUUGGGCACUUUUCUCUGUAAAGGAAUGUGGACAUCCUUGUGGAAAUGAAUUUCUACACCGCAAAUCUUUUGCCGAGUUUGCCUGUGAAGUGAGAGGCUGUGUUGCGUUACACUGGUCGGGGUCUUUAUACCACAAGUAACGUUUUUUUUUCCACCCCAGAUUAAUCGCAAAAGGUAAUUUUUACUUUUAUUUGAAAUUUCCUUUUAAGCCACGAUGUAUUGUGAUGUUUUUCACGAUACUGUAGAGGCCAUGGUGAUGUUAAUAUCAUUAGUUGGGCUGACCACUACCAAAUGUUGAUCCUGGGUUAAACUUUAGGUGCUGAUAAAGUUUAAACUGUUCUCCUGUUGUUUGAUCUCAGCCUGGGUUCCACGACUGUACAAAAAAACUGGUAUAAAUGUGUUUUCUCUUCGGUAUACUCGAGGUUUGAGAGAGGGGUCUAUGUACAUGUAUGUUGUACAUAUAUUGGAGGAUGGCAAAACAUGCAAAUCGCUUCUGUGUUGAACUUGAAAAAUGGAAAUGUUGUGGCUUUAGUUAAGGCAGGGCUUUUUCAAAUGACAUCAGAGCUCAUUCUGGGGUCUUUCCCCCACCCAGAUGUGAGGCUCUUGUCCAGAGUUUCUGGAAAGUUUGUGAUUUGCUGGUAACAGUUGGCAUCUAUUUAAAGGUGUAGGGGUGUUGGGUAUAGGGAAGUAUCAAUUUGCCUCCGAUUUAGCACGGUUGGCGACGUAAGGUGCGAAAUGCGUUCUACAUACAUUGAUUCGAGUCUAGUAAUGUGUAAAAUCUGCUUGUAAAGUCAAUUAUUUCUGAUUGAUGUAUUUGGUUCAUUAAAACCCUGCAGCCAACUGAUAUGUAGAUUCUACAAGCACCAACAUGGGACAUUUUAUUGGCCGAUACCCGAUCUUAAAAAGUCCAAUUUAUGGGAGGUGAAUUGUUACAUUCUCACCUGGGGGUUGCACAAAAUCCCUCGAUAAUUUUUACCUUUCUGUUUUUAUUUGGAGUGGAAAUCUGCUGUUUUGGGUGAUGCUGACAUUAAGCCGAGCAGUAAAAUGUUUCUUUUGUAUGGAAAUAAAUUAUUUUCACUCACU